UGAUGGCGGACACGUUAUUGGGCUGAAGCUUGCUUGGUCGGUGCGUCAUGCUAGGCUAUCACUAGCACAUAAACUUUUCCUUCUGUCGUCAAUCCUCCUCCCACCCCCCCUCGAGCAAUGUCUUCAUAGUGUCCACCCGGUUGACAAUUUAUUUAUUAAGCGCACUGGGCUAGUAUCAUUUCUCUGACUUGCCUGUCGUUAUAACAAGCCAGCAAGCAGCAAGCUGUCCACUCCUGGAAGAGCGAUACACCGACAGAGAGAAAGGGAAAGCAUGCUUGGCGCGGUGGUGGUGGGCAUUGGGAGGGCAGGACAGGCGCGAAUGAGGGACCUCCUGGCCCCCCUGCCCUCCAGCCCUGCUGAGAAACUGGUCCUGAAGGGCUUUGUGUCCAGGAGGACUCUGGACGAGCAGCAGGCAGUGAAGCAGAUCUCUCUGGAGGAUGCACUGAACCGGCAGGACAUUCAGGUGGCCGUGGUGUGCACGGAGAAUGCCAGCCACGAGGACCUCAUUCGGAAGUUCCUGGAGGCGGGGAAGCACGUGUGCGUGGAGUAUCCAAUGGCGCUGAGCCACACCGUUGCCAAGGAGUUGUGGGAACUGGCUGAAAAGAAAGGGAAGGUGCUUCACGAGGAGCACAUCGAGCUGCUGACGGCUGACUACAAGCAGCUGAAGAAGGACUUGGCGGGCAAGAGCCUUCAGGAGGGCACCCUACACUUCACAGGUGGACCCGCGCCGGAGGGCUUUGGGUUCCCCUCCUUCAGCGGCCUGUCGCGGCUCACCUGGCUGGUGGACCUGUUCGGGGAGCUGGCGGUAACGGGGGCCAGCCUGACGGAGGACAGGGAGAACGCGUACAGCAAGCUGACCGUGCAGCUGCUCACCUGCGAUCAGAGGCCCCUCACCUGGUUGGAGGAGCGCGGUCCCGGCUUGCGUCGGGCCAAAAGCAUCAGCUUCCGCCUGGACUCGGGCGCGGUGGUGGACGCGCUGCCGGCCGCGCCCCGGGAGCCCGUGGGCCUCUUCAUGCAGGACCUCGGCCUCUUCGCCCAGAAGCUGCUGGGGCAGGUCCCCGCCGCGCAGCUGCAGGCCGAGCGCCGGCGCGUCCUGCACUGCCUGGAGCUCGCCCAGCGCGUCCAGGAGCUGGCCGAGGCGUCCGCGUAGAGCUGCGCUCUGUUUCAGCAUCCCCUGGCCUUGGCCGUGUCCGAAACAGCACUCUUGCCUACUAUUGAGUAUACAAGUCGCCUACUAUGGAGUAUACAAGUUGUCUACUAUGGAGUAUACAAGUUGUCUACUAUGGAGUAUACAAUUUGCCUACAAUUUGCUCUGGAUAAGAGCGUCUGCUAAAUGCCUGUAAUGUAAUAUUGAGUGUACAAGUGGUCUACUAUGGAGUAUACAAGUUGUCUACUAUGGAGUAUACAAUUUGCCUACAAUUUGCUCUGGAUAAGAGCGUCUGCUAAAUGCCUGUAAUGUAAUAUUGAGUGUACAGGUGGUCUACUAUUGAGUGUACAAGUGGCCUACUAUUGAGUAUACAAGUUGUGCACAAGUUGUAUGCAGCUUGUAUGCUCAAUAGUUGGCGCGUGUGCUGAUUCGGGCACGGCCCUUGUCUCGUGCCAUAAUGUGCUAACGUGCUAACGUGCCAGUGUUUUCGAAGAGCUGCUGGAUUUGGAGUGGGAAUGGGUAGGCAGAAGUCUGGCCACCCCUGGUCAAACUUGUGCGUUCUGUUAAUUUUUUAAGUGAAAAGAAAUUAACGUCUGCAGGGAACAAAAUUUUAAAGAUGACACACUAUUUCCGUAAUUUUUAUGUACAGUAACGUGCAUAUUCUGUAGUUAUGUGUGUCCUGGUUCAAGCGAUGGUCCUGUCCCGCCUGGACUACUGCAACUCGCUGCUGGCUGGUCUGCCAGCAUCCGCCAUCAGACCCCUGCAGCUCAUCCAGAAUGCUGCAGCGCGUCUGGUCUACAACCUCCCCAGACAUUCCCAUGUCACCCCCCUGCUCACUGACCUCCACUGGCUGCCUGUUAUGGCUCGCAUCAAAUUUAAGACCUUGGUGCUUGCAUACUAGGCAGCUAAGGGGUCAGCAACAGGAUACAUCCAGAGGAUCAUCAGACCCUACACACCAGCCAGACCUCUCCGUUCUGCCACCUCUGGACGCUUGGCACCUCCCCCUCUUCGCGUCUGCACUUCCCGCUCCCGUCUGCUGUCUGUCCUGGCCCCUCGCUGGUGGAAUGACCUCCCCGUGGCAGUCAGAACAGCCGAGAAUCUGACUACCUUCAAACACAGACUCAUCUCUUCAGGCUGCACCUCUCCCCACCCCUCUCUAGCCUAUAGUUUAGCUCAAUGUACCUAGUUGGGCUAAUACGAUUACGCUAGUUUGUACUUGGCAGGAUUGUUGUUUGCUGAACAGGUUACUCUACAGGGUUGGAGUCCUGACCUAUGUGGUCACUUCUGGCACUACGAUCUUUACUUCACUCUAGUGUGUUUCUUUUGCACCUCUGCACCUUGAACUGAUGCACUUGUUGUACGUCGCUCUGGAUAAGAGCGUCUGCUAAAUGCCUGUAAUGUAAUGUAAUGUAGUUUUGUUCACUGAAAGAGGCUGUGUUAACUUCUUUUCACUUUGAGAGUCAAGCACACAUGUAGUUUGAUCAGGGGUGCCCAAACCUUUGCUUACCACUAUAUUGCACUUUUUCCCCCCCAUAAUUUCAUGUUUCCUUAGUGUCCUUAACCUUCAAUAAUGAGGUGCUCUUUGUUAAAGCACCAUUAUUUUUUUUCUCUCAGCUAAUAUUGCUUUAUUUUUUUAAUUCUAUUUAUUGGCCUAAUGAACUCAUUAUACGAGUAAAAAUCAUAAAUGCAAAAUAUUCUGUGCCAUUGUCUUUCAAUUAAGUGCGCAACUGCCUCAAUCAAGUUCCAUUCUGUGCUUGCUAGCGGGUGGUCAAGAGUCCAAACCAUGUGACCUUGCCUUUCAUGAUCUGUAGGUCAACCAAUCAGGCUUCAUUUUGUAUAAAGCCAUUGAUGGUCAUGUUGUCAUGCAGUUCUUUACCCGCCUUGUUUGUGCCUACUUGGUAAAUGCUGCAAAAUUAUUUUUCCAUUCCCCGUUUACUGGGGGUUGAAUGAGAUGUAGAGGGUGUGUGUGCAACCCCCUUGUGAUGUCCUGUGAUUGUACCAUGUUGCCUUCCCUGUUUCUGUCGUAAGAGGGGUACAAAAGAAUUUGGGAAGUAUUUCACGAAGUAGGAAUACUGAGCUGGCUGGACAACUGUGCCUGUUAAAACGAUAACAGCUCUUUUUCUACUUCAGUCCAUGUUACAGAUUUGCAAGGGUUCUGGGUUUUACUCAGUGCAGUUAUCCAGCUAACUCGGUAAUCCUGGUUCAUGAAGGGUCCUGGAUUACUGAGUUAGCUGGAUAACUGCACUGAGUAAAACCCAGAACAGCUUCUUUUUUUUUCACUUCAGUCAAUGUUCCGGAUUUGGAAAGGUUUCGGGUCUUACUCAGUGCAGUUAUCCAGCCGACUCUGUAAUGCUGCUUCUUGAAACAGGGCCCUGUUCAAGCGUGGAGACAGUCUGCUGCUUAAAAUACUGCACCUGCUCCCUCCUGCAUCGACGUAUGUGGCCGUUGUAGCAGUUCAGUACUGCGCUGAAUUAUGAUGUUUCAAGAAUUGAAAUGAAUGUCCUCUUUAGCUACUUUCAGUUGUACCUUGAGUUUCAAGACUUGCAGCAGUAGUGAAAAUUGCGAUUAAAUUUUUUAAGGCUGUUUUAGUGUGAUGCCUUCUGUCACCCCAGCCCCCCCCCCACCCCCCCACCCCACCUGAAAUUUGGAAUUCAUAGUUGGUUGAUGUUGUCCCAGGACUAUAGUCUGAUAUCUGACACCUUUUAAAUUAAAAAUCGUUUACAUGGAUAAUGAAAAUAUUCAGUCGUCUAGUGUGUCCCCCGUGUGUCGAAUGUGUGCUUUAAUAAAUUACAGUCCUAAAUUAUUAUGCACCUUGCGGUGAAAGAGUAUGUUGUUUCCAAGGCUGCUCAACUGAAAUGUAGCCCACAUCAAUUAAAGAUAAGCACAUGUUUUUGAAGAAAACAAUAAUCCAAGAAUUGGACAUAAGGGUGUGUGUGUGUGUGUGCGUUCCUGUGUGCGUGCGUGUGUGUAAUAGCAUCUUCAUAGUUCAUAUCAUUUGAGUGCGACUCAUUUUCUGUUAACAUUUCGUUACGCUUGAAAGAUUGUUCUCCACGGUAAAUAAACAGCGUCUAUUCAGGUGA